AUGCGGUUCGAAGAUUGGGAUAUUCUGCUCUUCCCCCGGGAUUGCAAAGUUCCCAUCAAAGAGUUCAAGGUAGCUUGUCAUGUUAUUCAUGACACAGAAUUCACCAGUCCUCACGGCUCUUUUGGGCUGCCCACGGUUUGCUGCUUCAUACCGAGUUUGGCCUCUGGAACCCCAUUCCAAGUCUCGAUCCAUUCUUGGUCCUCUCCAAUUGUCAGCCAGUUUACCAGAUGCUACAGCAAAUAUGGCGACAGUGCCAACUUUGAGGCUCGCGUAUUCGUUGAUGGACAGUUGGUUGCAUCUGCAACUCUAGAUAGAGAGGGCGACUGGCCGCAUGUCGUCAUACACAGCUUUGGGGUUUCAAAGAACGGAGACCUCGAGCCUCUGAGAUUUCCAAGCUUCCGCGAGGAGCUUCUUCGACAAAAUCACUGGAAUCCUGCCGAUGACUUUGGCCGCAUCAAAAUCGUCAUCAGCGAAGGCUUCCCACGAGAUUCUCUUUCGAUGCCCAUUGAGCGGGUCAAGAAUGUCGUAGCAUUCUCUUUUCAACAUGCGCCUCUAGAGAUACUUGAGACUUCCUGCAUCGCCUGGCCAAAUCCCUCCAUGUGGCGACGAGUUCCAAUUGUUACAUCGAUGGCGGUCCAAGCGUAUCCUUCUGACGAUACUGACUCGCAUGCCCAUUCACCUAGAAGAAAGUACAGCCGCAUUACUGCAAAUUUGCCAUCUUCAUCAAAUGAAAGCUACCAUAGUGGCAUGGCCAAUCGAUCUAUACGGCUCGGUCAUAGGAAAUCUGGUUACCAGGGUGGUAGCAGCCGCUCUACCUCUGGAAGCACCAGCACCGGCACCCUGGAGAGUAUCAACGAUUCAAAUGCAUAUUUUGAGUGGCUUAAUGGGAUGGGAACGGGAGCGAACGAUAUGUAUCGAUUUGGCGAACAACAGUUAUUCCCACCUACGGGUCAAAAAGGGAGGAAGCCGUCCAAUGUUGAUUUGCAGCCUUAUAUGCCAAUCAGCAAGGGCAUGGGGCCUUACUUGGAUCAAACGUUUGGGCUGCAGAACUUCCGACAUGGAGUUGACCGUGAUCAAUUUGGGUAUUUGAACCCGCCCGCUGAGGUUUCAGAUAUUGAAACUAGUCGUUACAAGGAAUCGCAAGGUCUGUUCUUGCCUCGAUUUGCAGAAGAUGAUGUGUUCUCGAUUGAUGUCUCGAAUUCAUUCGCCCACUCGUUGCUCAACCAACCAACGCCGGCUCAUCUCCUGGCAAGCAAUCUUCAUGCAACGACCUCUAAUUCUGAAUUGGGACCACACAGAGAAGAUUGCCUUCAAGCCCCAGGCCAAUCACCUUCGAGCAUAUCUUCAGCAUCAAAUUCUCAUGGGGAUCACGGCGAAGUACGCAAAGGUGCUCGCCGGCCGUACACCGCACGCAGUAUCAGCUUACAAGCCGAAUCAAACCGCUCCAGAGAAUAUAGGUCGGCCCGCCCAGAUAUCAGCCAGCAAAUAUCUUCCGUCGAGGACUAUUUGUCUGCUUUGGAGGGCGGCACGAUGGCGGUGGAAAAUGCAGCAGUGCACUCGAUCGAAAAGGGAACAAAGAGGUCUCGUGAUUCUGCUUCUGCUCCCGCAAGUGCUGUAAAGAAUGACGAUCACCAAAAGCGACCAAACCCUAGAGCUCACCUUGCAGCCUUGCUCUCACAUAGCCCAACUCUCAGCGGCUAA